AUGGUUGACGCCGACCGUGUGGCACACCACGGCAUAAUUAGAGUAAGAUCGAGUAUGGCAUCAAUUACGACUUGCCUGAUCCUGCUACAAUAG